AUGGCGAAAUGCAGGAGCUACAUACGCGGUCUGUCCAUCAGCAUCACCGUGCUGCUGCUGGUGUUCGGCGUGGUCAUGAUGGGCGUCGGCUUCUCUUUGGGCUACGGCGGCAGGCAGCUCGCCGAGCUGGACCAGUGGAGCAGGAGUCAUGGCUUGCUGGUGCUCAGGGUGUUUGGUCCCAUCACCGUGGUUCUGUCUGUUCUGGGGAUCUGCGCCGCCACCACCGACAUCAAACCUCUGCUGCUGGUGUUCUCUGCUCUGACGUUUCUGGAGUUCGUGGCUCUGAUGGUCGUCGCCUCGCCGCUGAUUCAUCUUCAGGCUCAGAUGGACAGUCAUGUGGAGCAGGUCUUUGUGAACGCCACGCCGCUCUUCAGAGCAGAACCCGAGUUCCAGACGGAUCUCAAGAACCUCCAGGCCUCGGACGCCUGCUGUGGUCUGAGGAGUUUUUCGGACUGGGAGGACCAAAUUCCUGUUUCCUGUCUCUGCCCCCCUCCUUCCCCCUGCCCCCCCCUCUCUGAGUGUCAGACAGACUCCCGGGCAGGUAACUCCACCUGGGAGGGCCCCUGCGUCCCGGCCGGCGGCGACCCCGCCCCCUCCCAGCUGAUCUGGGUUCACUCCAAGCCGUGUGGCCCCAUCCUCAAGUGGCACCUCAGCUCCCUCAUCAAAGUCAGCAUAGGAGUCAUAUCAGCCUUCGCCACUGUCAUGAUGGCAGCCAUAGCUCUGUCCCUGGUUUUGGGUCUGGAGGAACACUGGAGAACGCCGCCAGUGGAGACCACCGUCGACGACUUCGACAGAGUCAAAUAUCAGCCCAAACCUUCCCUGACCUGACCCCUGACCUCUGACCCCUGACCUCAGACCCCUACCUCUGACCUCUGACCCCUGACCUCAGACCUGCACCCUCACACUGCUCUGUACUACUGCAAAACCUCCCUGACCUGACCUCUUGACCUGUUAACCUCUGACCCCUGAUGUCCAACCAUCGUCAUCAACAUGGAUAU